CACUGUCUCUGCCAUGCAUGGAGAUAUGGACCAAAAGGAACGAGAUGUGAUCAUGAGGGAGUUUCGAUCUGGCUCUAGCAGAGUUUUGAUUACCACAGACCUGCUGGCCAGAGGCAUCAAUGUGCAGCAGGUUUCUUUAGUCAUCAACUAUGACCUUCCCACCAAUAGGGAAAACUAUAUCCACAGAAUCGGUCGAGGUGGACGGUUUGGCCGUAAGGGUGUGGCUAUUAACAUGGUGACAGAAGAAGACAAACGGACUCUUCGAGACAUAGAGAACUUCUACAACACCUCCACUGAGGAAAUGCCUCUCAAUGUUGCUGACCUCAUCUGAGGGGCUGUCCUGCCACCUAGCCCCAGCCUGAGCUCAGUCUUGGGGGGCUGAGGAGUAGCAGGAGGGGGGAGGGAAGGGAGCCAAGGGAUGGACAUCUUGUCAUAUUUUUUUCUUUGAAUAAAUGUCACUUUUUGAGGGAAAA